AUGGGACCAAUUGCAGCCUGGGAUGUUCUUCUCAGCAGCCAGGCACCUGCCGCCUCAAAGCCAGAGGCACUAAAAAGCACAUCAUCGAGGCGCGCAGCCUCGCCCGCAUCUCGUCCGCCCACAAAGGCCGACGUUGGGCGACAAAGUAGCAUGCAAGAGGUCUUGAAGCGGCAACGCCGUGUCAAGGAUCAGAAGGAGGACCCGGUUGUCAUCGAAUCUGAGGAGGAGGGCGCGGCAACGUCGUCGAGGCGACCGCAGCUCCUCACUACUCCAAAGACACAUUCCCGGCCGGCUUCGAAAAUGGCAUCUCCCAUGCCCGAUGCAUCUUCACCAGAGGAGCCUACCCCGAAGCGCUCGCGAAUCACUACGAAGACCAGCAAGAAGACUGUCGAGCAGAUCUACCAGAAGAAAACGCAGCUGGAACACAUCCUCCUCAGGCCUGACAGCUAUGUUGGCUCUGUCGAGCGGCAGCAGCUCGAGCUGUGGACUCUUCCUGGAGGGAGCAGCAGCAGUGACAGUGCUCCCAGGAUGCUGCGGAGGAAAGUGGACUACGUGCCGGCUCUCUACAAGAUUUUCGAUGAGAUUCUCGUGAAUGCUGCGGACAACUUGAUUCGGGAUCCAACCAUGAACACCAUCAAGGUUGAGAUACACAAGAAACAGUCGCGCAUCUCGGUCUGGAACAAUGGCAGGGGGCUUCCAGUUCAGGUGCACAAGGAGCACCGUUGCUAUGUGCCGACAUUAGUUUUCGGCCACCUGCUGACCAGUGACAACUACGACGACAGUGAGAAGAAAGUCGUUGGUGGUCGGAAUGGCUAUGGAGCCAAGCUGACCAACAUCUACUCCAAGAGGUUCAUCGUAGAGACUGCUGAUUCCGGAAGUCGCAGCAAGUUUCGGCAGCAAUGGGGAAAUAACAUGAGGCAGGCAGACGAGCCGGAGAUCGUGCCAUACAAGGGGAAGGACUUCACAGCAGUGACCUUCGAGCCGGAUUUGCAGCGGUUCGGCAUGACUCACCUGGAGGACGACAUCGUGGCUUUGAUGGAGCGCCGUGCCUACGAUGUCGCCGCUUCCACGCGAGGACGCUGUGAGGUCUUCCUGAACGGGAAGUGUUUGGAGGUGGAUUCCUUCGAGGAUUACGUCAGUCUCUUCCUGGACCCCGAUGAUUUCCGAAUCAGCGAGGUCUGCAACGAUAGAUGGGAGGUGGCUAUCGCUUUGACAGAUGGCAGCGGCUUUCAGCAAGUCAGCUUCGUGAACUCCAUCUGCACCAGUCGAGGAGGCACGCACGUGAACUGUGUGGCGGAGCAGGUCGUUGCCGCAGUCAUGGAGGAGCUGGGCAAGGAGAAAGGGGCCAAGGGAACUCUGGCUGUGAAGCCACAGCACGUCAAGAAUCAUUUGUGGGUCUUCGUAAACUGCCUCAUUGAGAACCCGGCUUUUGAUUCGCAGACGAAGGAGACCUUGACCACGAAGAAGGAGCGCUUCGGCUCAGCGUGUCAGCUGUCUGAGAAGCUCCUCGCGGAUGUGUGCAGCAGCGGCAUUGCUCCACCCCCAGCAUGGACUUUGUUGAAGAUCGCGGUCGAUGCUGGCUUAAAGCAGGUCGAGACACUGCUGGAAUGGUCCAAAGCCUUGGGCAAAAGCCAGCGUCUCAACAAGUACCCAAGGACGCAAGACAGGACUCUGUUCGGCUGGCGCAUGCAAGCUUGCCGUGGAUCGGCAGGUGAGUUGGCACGGCAUCUCAACAAGAGCGUCAUGCCAGCUUUGGUCUUGGGGUGGAGCAGCUUUGGGCUGCAUCCACGAAUGCAGGGCCCUGGCAAUAAUGCCAACAACAUCCGGAUGGGUGUACCCAACAUGAUGAUGGGCAUGGGCCAAGGCAUGCGAAUGCCCAUGGGAAUGCCCAUGAUGGGCAUGCCCAUGAUGGGCAUGAUGGGCAUGCCCAUGAAUCCCAUGAUGGCCAUGCCGAUGAACCCCAUGAUGGGCAUGGGCAUGAACGCCGGCAUGGGCGCCCAGUCGCCGUCGCCGUCCGGACAAGGAGCCGACCGCAGUGCUGGGGUGAGUCCUGCAGCUAGCACGGCUGUGGUGCCGCCAAAGGUCGACACUCAGCCCAUACCAGAGUCUAAAGUGCUUCCACCGCACCUCCCGCCGGGUGUCGUGCCACCGGGUGUCGUGCCGCCGGGUGUCGUGCACCGCGAGCGAAGCCGCAGUCGAGACGCCGUGCGGGUACCAGCGAAGGCUGAGCAGGAGCCCGAGCCAGCUCGGGAGCCAACGCCUCCUCGAGAGAAGACGCCUCCCAGAUGUCAUCUUCACAACACAAAGAAGCCCAACACAAAAUGCAAGUUCUGCCAGAGAUGGGUGGCAAGUCAAAGCCAGGCCCAGCCCGAAUCUGACAAGGCUGACAAAGAAGGCAAGCACAAGGACGACAAGUCCAAACCCAAGGAUGCAGAAAAGGCCCAGGAAGACGAGGAAGACUAUUCUCGUCGGACUUUCAAGUGCAGUAGCUUGCUCAAGGACCAGAUCUUUGGCUCUAGCUACUUCAAGAGCCUCUUAGACAUCAGCGAUCUCGACCCCUUGACGGAAGAGAUCGCUAAGUACGCCGACACCCUCGACGUGUACAACUCGGGGAACAACGUGCAUCCUUCCUGCUUCAUUUGUCAGGUCUAUCGCCUCUUCACGCUCCCGCAGUCGGAAGACUUGGAUGAGCUUUUGGCACACCUGGAUGCGAACCCUUCUGCCAAGGUUCGCUGUGCCGCCUUCCUGUACGUUCGCUUUGUGGUACCUCCACACAAGCUGUGGGACAAGCUAGACGAGGCCCUCUUUGACGACCAGGAACUGAAGUAUGUUGAUGGCGACAAGCAGGUUACUACCACCAUUCGAGAGUAUGUGGAGAAUCUGCUGGUCAAGGACAGAUACUACAACACUCCGCUGCCGAGAAUUCCAGUGAAGGUUCGGCAGCAUUUGGAGAAGGAGCUUGCUCCCCUCUCACAGUUUCGCAAGCGCAUGGCUGCGGUCCAGAGGGAACUGCCUCCAAAGAAGGUUGCCGGCACAGCCGUGGAAGUUUACGUAGAUGGCAACUGGCUGCCCGGCCACAUCAAGAGCUACGUAGGCCAGCACAAGCGCAAAGUGAGUAUUCAACUUGACGAUGGCGCGAUGGUACAGUCCCACUUGGGAAAGGUUGUGCUGAGAGAUGAGGAAGUAUCUGACAAAGACAAGGAGAAAGACAAGGACGACAAAGAAGAGAAAGAUGAGGCUGUGGUCGACGAGAAGAAGGAGGGCGAUGAAGAGGAGAAGACAAAGGACGAAGACCACGACCAGAGAAAGAAAAAGAAAGACAAGAAGGACGACCGGGACAGCAGUCGCAGCAGAAGUCGUAGCCGCAGCAGACAUCGUAGUCGUAGCCGCAGCCGCAGACGUCGCGGUAGCUCUCCAGAUUGGGCGCGCUACAAGGGCUCCAUGGAUCCCAGCGAGAUAGAGAGGCUGCGAGAAAAAGCUAGAGAAGAGGCAGUGGUCGGUGUGGGCAAGGCCUACUCCAAGAGACCAACCACUGUCGAGGGUGAGAUGUGGCGGGGAAGCGGGUCCGAAGGGCGCGUCUCCAUGCUCGGCGGCUCUCACAGCUAUAGCUCGACCCGAUCUUCCGGCGCAAAGGGUCCCUCUGACACUGAGAUCAGGAGCAGGAUCUCACGUGAAGAGGAAGAGGAGCACAAGAGGCGAAUGCGAGAGAUCUAUGAGAAGUACGGCUCUGUGUCAAAAGCGACAUCCGGUAACACGGGGACACAGCGCUCCUCAGAGAUUGACCAGCCAGACGAUCUGGGUCUUCAGAAGCGCCUCUUCGGAAUACCGAAGCUCGAGGAUGCGAACAAGGCCGGCACCAAGCAGUCUCGGGACUGCACUCUCAUCAUCACGGAAGGAGAUUCGGCCAAGGCUCUGGCAGUGGCCGGCUUGAGCAUCGUAGGCCGGGAUCACUACGGGGUGUUCCCACUCAGAGGAAAGCUAAGGAACGUCAGGGAACUGACGGAGAAGCAGAUGAUGGAUAACAAGGAGAUUGAGGCUCUGAUGAAGAUCAUGGCCUUCGACGUAUCCAAGAAGUACCAGGAUGCAAGCAGCUUGCGGUACGGCUCCUUGAUGAUUAUGACGGACCAGGACUUCGACGGAUCCCACAUCAAGGGCCUCGUCAUCAACUUCAUAGAGCACUGGUUUCCUGGCCUCCUGCAGUGUGAAGGCUUUCUGCGCGAGUUCGUGACACCAAUCGUUAAGGUCAGCAGGGGUGAUGAAGUGGUCACCUUCUUCACGGUGGCUGAGUACGAAGCCUGGAAACAGGCUAACAACGGUGGCACGGGGUGGGCUUGCAAGUACUACAAGGGGCUCGGAACCAGCACUUCUGCAGAGGCUCGGGAGUACUUCUCUGACCUGGAGCAGCACGAGCUGACCUUCCUGGCCAGUGAGAAGGCAGCUGCCUCUGAAAAUCAGGGUGGCAGUCAUGACGUUGCUACUUGGAGGUUCAUGGGUAGUUGUUAUAAGUAG